GCGGUCGACCCCCGCCGUUACUUGGAAAUUCGGAUCACCUACCCCGACCUCAUUCGCGACAUCACCUACACUGUCUAUAGCCUUGAAGAACUCGUGAAGCAGCCGCUAGGCGUAUCGCGUCAGAGGUUUGACGGGCAGUCGACCCGAACACAUCAAACCUCGCUUAUGCUACUCGUACACUUACAACGUGGUUUCAUUGUGCUGGAAAUAGAACUAAUGUAGCGUCACGGCCCACUGUAGACCGCUCAAAGGGACAUAAUCCUCACUUCGUGGGCGAGAUACAAUUGCUGUGAUAUCGAUUUCAGCCUA